AUGUCAAAUAUCUCCCUUCCACCAGGUAUGAGAGCAGUCCCUGCUCCUACAUCUCAACCUCAAGGAGUUCCCUCUGGUCAAGGACCUUCAACAGAAGAAAAAGAAGCGAAAGAAAGACAAAUGGGAGAGAUGAAGAGAGGUAUGAUAGCUGCCAUGUUGGAAUCUGAAGCUAGGGAAAGAUUAUCUCGAAUAGCGUUAACACGUCCGGAAUUAGCUGCUCAAGUUGAAGAUUUACUCAUCCGUAUGGGACAAUCAGGUCAAAUCAGGGGGAAAGUGAAUGAUGAGAAUUUAAAAGGGUUAUUACAACAGGUAACAGACAUGUCUCAACCUAAACCUAAACCCAAACCUAUAACGACAACCUCAACAGGAACACGUACCAAAUCCUUAGCAGCGGGGAUAACAAUCCAUAGAAAGAGGGAUGAAAGCGAUGAUGAAGAAUACGACCUGUAA